AUGUCUGAUCGGUCUAUGCGUACCUACCUUGAUGAGAAGGAGGUUGCAAACGAGCAUUUUAGGGCCGGGGAGUAUCUCGAGGCCUCCAGCUUGUAUACACACACAAUCUGUAAAAUUCUAGAAAUAAAGGAUGAAAAUGUAAGUUCCAUCAAAGAGUGUAUCGACACGUAUUCAUAUAAUCUUGAAUCGCAAGAGUCAAGGCAAUUUUUGUCCACAUUGCUCUGUAAUUUAGCCUUGUGCUAUUCCAACCUCAAAAUGAAGGAGAAAAUGCAAAUCUUGUGUGAAACAUGUCUGUGUGUGGACGAUUCUAACUAUAAAGCAGCAUAUCAUCUUGCUUUUCACCAUCUCUCUACGAAGGAGUACAACGCAUCUCUGAAAUACAUUCAAAAAUGCCAGCAAAUCGUCAAUGGAAAUUUUUCACUAUGGAAAGAUAAGAAACAGCCACAUCUAGACUUGGUUGAAACUCUUCGCAGAAGUAUUGGCAAAACGGGUAAAGCCGCUACCACUGACUGUAGCAUAAUCCUGAGGGAUAUUCUCAAUGGAAAUGCUCUUAACUUGAAUAUCCAGAGGUUACUAUUGGUGAGUCCAAAUGAACUAAUAAAACACGACGUAUUUGCAAAACUAGUAAACCUUUGUUGCUCAAAGAUUUCCGAGGGCAUUAUUGAUGACACAUUGGCAAACCUGUGGUCUGUUUUAUAUCAACUGCUUUAUGGUUCUGGAGAUAAGAACCGUAGCGAUCUGUGUAAAAGUUUUAAUGCAUCUCUGGUAGGAAAGACCGUGAUUGUGCAUGUUACAGAAAUCUUCAAACUACUGGAAAAAUCUAAAUCAGUAUCUGAUACUACUAAAUGCACAAUUCUGGAGCAAUCCCUCACAAACAUAACAAAAUUAUGUUCUCUAUUGAGGACAAGUGAAUCCCUAGAAAUAUUGUAUACUUUGUUAGACGGGGCGAACCAUAAGUUGGAGCAACAAGUUUUGGCCGCUAUUCUGGUUUUCUUCUCCGAAAUUGGAUCAAUAUCUGCUAGUUCAAAGUUUAACGUUGCAUUGGCAAAAAUAUUGGAACAUCUAAUUUCUAUCUGUGAUGUAGAAAACGAUAUUUAUAAGGCUCAACAGUUAGAUGCAUGCCUAAUUGCAAUCUUCAAAGCGGGAUUUGGAACAGACGAAAUAGCGGUGGAUGCGUUCGGAAACCUAAUUAGUAGGCUGGCUAAUGCAUACAUUACAAAAAGCGCUAAUAUGGAUGAGCAUGAAGGAAUAACUCUACAACCAACCUGGUACAUUAUUGUUAAAUCACUCUUCAUUGCAAACAAACCCAUAUUUAAAAGUUAUAUUAUAGCAAAUGACAUCAUUAGGUCGCUAUUGGUGAACUUUUUCAGGCCAAACCCUUCGGAGUGCUCUACAGAGCUUCUGCAAAUGUACGCGUCACAAGUUAUUGUAAAUUGCAUGGAUUUUGCGGAAUUUAGGCAACAAUUUAUAGAUUUUGUUCUAUAUGAAACGUUUUUAGACCAUUUAACGAACGGUGUUAAAUUUGUUUCAUUUAUUACCAAGUUAGGGAAUGCUAAAGAUGGGCAUAAUUACACGAGUGCCUGUCCACUACAAGAGUACAUAUUAUUGAUGCUCUCCAAACUGUCAAUACAUUCUAUAGAACUCAAGGAAGAAAUAGUUAUACGUGUAAAUCUAUUCAAAAUUUUACCCAACCUUCUUUUGCUCAACAUGGAUAAAGGAUAUCCAAUAGAAACUUCUCUAGAGUGCAUUUCGUAUUUGAGUUUACACAAGGAAUUUAAAACAGCUAAUUUCUCUUUCAUACCUCCCCUAUUGUUAUUUGUUGAAAGAGGAGGAAAUAAUAAGGUUUUAUUGAUGGCUUGUCAAAUUAUUGUCAAUUUAUUGAGAGGAAAUAAGGAUAGGUCAAAGUUCUUAAACACAAAUACUGUAUACGAUAAAGAACAACUAGAAGCCCUAAAAAAUCUCCAAGAAAAACUGCCAGAAAUGGCAAAAGCUACAAUAAAUGGGCAUUAUUUCGAGGGCGAUCACGAUAUGGCCCUUAAAACAAGACACUACUUAUUUUUGAUUCAAGAAAAUAUACUCGCAUCUAGCAUGAUAAAACUCUCUAAAAAGAUAGAAGAUAAGGCAAAUCCCAUAUACAUGCUCAUUAUAGAAUCGCUACACUAUCUUGCAUUGGAGCAAAGCCACCGCAGAAUUAUGCAAAGUAUGGGCGUUUUGCGUAUAUUUAUAAACUAUGCUACUAGCAACGUAAACAAAGAUUCUAGUGCAUUUAAACACGUUUCCCAGUCUAUUGCACAUAUUUGUAUUGCGAUAACACCAUCUAACUUAAGCUAUAAUGACGCUAUAGAUGCAGUACAGCCGCUGGUAAUACUUUUGGGUGAUGAAAAUGAAAUGUUCCAAUAUGAAUCUGCAAUGGCCCUGACAAACUUGCUAUCCAUAAACGAUGAUAUUAAAAGGAGGGUAUUUGGUCUAAAGGGAUGGCAACUUUUUGGCAAUCUCAUCUACUCAGAUAAUGAUAUGUUAAAAACUGUGGGACUGGAAGGAUGGUGUAACCUAUCUGCCGGAGAAGACGUUGUCCAUGGAUUUAUUUACUCUCAAAUAAUAGGUCAAUUUCUAGCUAGAGAUAAAGAAUCCGCCUUCGAACUUAACCAUGCUGACUUAAAUAUACUGCUAGCAUUCGCACUAGAGUUUAACAAUGAAGCUGCUGUUACUGCUAGCACAGGUGCUCUUGCUUUACUAACUAGGGACCUACGUAUUGCUCAAUAUAUAAUCUUCGCAAAAAGAUUCGAGAAUAUACUCAAAGCACUAAACGCAGCCAGCAGUGUCCCGAUUCUACAUCGCAUAUUGACAAUACUGUCUUGUGUAUCACAGGCAGAACUAAAGGAUGCCGAAGAAGCUGACAAGAUACACGAAAAGUACAUCAAAGAACUCAUAAAAACCGAAAUAAAGAAAAAUUCGCACAAGUAUAUAAAUAAAACACUAGCAGAUCUAGCAGCAGAAAUUUAA